GGAACGGGCCGCAGCGGAACAGCGCUGAUUGGGAAACAUCAUUCCUGGAUACAAUUUCAUUGCAGCAAGUUUGGACGGCUGGAAAAUAUAUCGGCUGCCUCAUCCACAAAGAGGUUCUGGAGAAAAACACUGACUCCUGUUGUCAACUUUCUCUGGCUUUAUUAAAAUCCACAAGAAGAAUGUUUCAGCUUGGAAGCCAGCUGGCCCAGUUUCACUUCUCCACAGGACCCAGUACUGCUAUUACAGGUGCCACCGGAGACCGUACACAGCCUGCCCUAACAGUACAGGACUUUAUCCAACAUGUCAGGAAACUUGGCGGACUGAAAAAAGAGAACAUUUUCUGCGACCUACGAGUCCCGACCCCGUUUCAAACCACCAAGGCAGACGACAUCGACCUCGUCAUCCUCACAGGUCACGGGGUGUUCUGCAUCGACCUGAAGCCCUGGAGAGGAACGGUGUCUUCCCAACGGCAGCAAUGGCACGUCCAGCUCAAAGAACAGCACCACAACUUUGCCAACACCUCCAUAGAACAGGUGGCUGACCCCCUUGAGGCCGUCAUGACCAAGACAGGUAACCUGUGGCAGUACCUGAGGAGGAGCGGCCUGUCGGUGCGUCAGGAGCUCUUCCUCCCCAGGCUAGUCUUCCUCGCCCCAGACUGCCAGCUGGAUGAAGAGUUGAGGAAGAGGAGGGAGCUGGUCUCCCACAGUCAAAUAGAUGAGUUCCUCCGCUCCUUCAGAGAGGGCUAUGUAGCUUGGAUAUCAGAUGCCCUGACUCCUGCCUGGCUGUCUGGUCACCUGUCGUACGGUCAGAUAGGGGAGCUGAAACGAGUGGUGAGGAGAAUGGGGACCUGGGACCUGGUCAGACUACAGGGAGGAGAGCAGCUCAAGGGAGACUUCCGGAGCUGUCCUUACAUCGCUCUGAACCGCCAGGAGACCGACACCAUGGAGUUCUUCAAGAUCAAAACGCUGUCUGCUAAUUCGCUGUGGGCUCUGCUGGGACACGCCCCUCAGGUGACGGUAAAGAUGUAUAAACGUGGAGCUCCAGGCUGGCUGGGGAAGCCCCUGACGUCCACCAGCACCAUCCCCCACAACACACAGGUCAUCUUCCGGAUCAACGGAGAGGACACGGACGCCAGGAUCCCCGCUAACACCAUCCAGAGCAUCACACUCAGCAUAUGACUCUUUUUACCCUUGGUUACGGCCAAAAUGUCUCCCUAUAUAGUACACUACUUUUAGUGCCUCCCUAUAUAGUACACUACUUUUAGUGCCUCCCUAUAUAGUACACUACUUUUAGUGCCUCCCUAUAUAGUACACUACUUUUAGUGCCUCCCUAUAUAGUACACUACCUUUAGUGCCUCCCUAUAUAGUACACUACCUUUAGUGCCUCCCUAUAUAGUACACUACCUUUAGUGCCUCCCUAUAUAGUACACUACUUUUAGUGCCUCCCUAUAUAGUACACUACUUUUAGUGCCUCCCUAUAUAGUACACUACUUUUAGUGCCUCCCUAUAUAGUACACUACUUUUAGUGCCUCCCUAUAUAGUACACUACUUUUAGUGCCUCCCUAUAUAGUACACUACUUGUAGUGCGCUGGUAUAUGGACUAGGGUGCCAUUUUGGGAUCCAUCACAGACCGUGGAUCUGUAUGAGAAACUAGCCUGUUCUCCACGGUCUGCAGGUUUUAGGUGUGUGUGUGUGUGUGCAGUUUUCUAAACUACCAGGUUAGGUAUCUGUUGAAUCAGACUCUAUAUUUACACAAAUUUACCAAACUAGAUUUUUUUGGCCCUUAAGACCAGAAGGGCAAAAGGAGCGAAAGGGAUUGUUGGUAACUGAAGGACCCUGUAGUCCGGCUUCAGGGACCUCCUUCUAUACUAGUUAUCACACAACAAUAACAAUAUGUACCUGCUGUUUUUAAUUAUGUAUAUGAAUACCUUUUUAUCACAUGGAUCAUUUAGUUGUGCUCCACAGCCACCAAACAUCCCUCAACCACAGCCUCCUGCAUGCCGCCAAACAUCCCUCAACCACAGCCUCCUGCAGGCCGCCAAACAUCCCUCAACCACAGCCUCCUGCAGGCCGCCAAACAUCCCUCAACCACAGCCUCCUGCAGGCGGCCAAACAUCCCUCAACCACAGCCUCCUGCAGGCGGCCAA